AUGAAGGUGGAAAAAACUCGAGAGGCUCUGCUGUCCAACUUUGAGGUGCUGGCUCACGUGCGGGACCAGGAGCGUGCCCGACGAAUGUCCCAAUCCGCGUCGGCAGCCUCCAACCAGGGCACUUCCCAUGCCGAAAACCUCGAAACCGUCAUCUACGAGCUCAAGGACUAUCUCAACAAGUCUCCUGCUGCCAGCCAGUCGCCAGAGGCCAUUACGUUGUUUCUGCAGAAGAUCAACCAUCUGGGGCUCGAAAAGGCCGAACGAUUGCAGCUCAUCAACUCCGUGCCCACGUCUAUCGUGUCGUUAUACUCCCUGAUCGAGGAGUGCGAUCAGCGUUACAAUGAGGACCAAUGUGAGGAGAUUCUGGACGCGAUUAGAACAACUCUGGUCAGUGAAGAGGAUGCUAUCGCUGAAUAG